AUGGUGGGACAGCCUUUGGGACCAGCCAGAUGCUGUGCUGUUGCCGUGAUCAUACCUGUGCACUGCUUCACGUGUAGCAAGAUCGCCAGCAACAAGUGGGAGGCCUGCCUGGGGCUGCUGCAAGCCCAGUACACCCAGGAGGACUCCCUGCAGUGCUGCAUGCCACUGGCCCACGUGGACCUGCCUGAGAAGCUGCUCAAUUAUGCACCCCUGCAGAAGUGA